GAGGGAAGAUGGCGGACGAGGAGAAGCUGCCUCUCGGUUGGGAGAAGCGCAUGAGCCGCAGCUCAGGCAGGGUAUACUACUUCAAUCACAUCACUAACGCCAGCCAAUGGGAACGGCCAAGCUGCAACAACAGUGGGAGCGGCAAAAAUGGACAGGGGGAACCCACCAGGGUCCGCUGCUCACACCUGCUGGUCAAGCACAGCCAGUCACGGCGGCCUUCGUCUUGGAGGCAAGAGAAGAUUACCCGGACCAAGGAAGAGGCCCUGGAGCUGAUCAACAGCUACAUCCAGAAGAUCAAAUCAGGAGAGGAGGACUUUGAAUCUCUGGCUUCACAGUUCAGUGACUGCAGCUCGGCCAAGGCCAGGGGAGACCUGGGUGCCUUCAGCAGAGGUGCGCGGAUAACGGGCACCACCAAGCCCUGGGGGACCUCUGGCCCACCAGCCUUAGAGGAUGGGCGGGAAGGCCCCUGCCGCACAGGCCUUCAGAGUCCACCAGGUGGCAGCACAGUCCCUCAGGCUUCAGAGGCUGCCUUGCUGGUGGAGGAGGGCAGGGGUGACUGCAGAGCCUUCUUGGGUUGGGGAGUCAUUCUGUAUUUCUUUGCACAUUUUUCCCAAUCACAGGCCCACCAGGCUACAGUUUGCCUCUCCUCCCGUUGGGAGGUAUAAGGCAGGGGCCCCUGAGAGCCCCAGGGUAGUCUUCCAUAAUCCUCUGCUCUACCCUUACUGGUGGGGUGAGGGGAGGAUGGGUUGGAUCAGCAGCCCCAAGUUUAGGGCUGUCUGGCUAGGGCAGUGGGAAGAGAAGACCAGAGGAGACCAGGUCACCACCACCUCCUCCUCUUUCCCUCCUUCCCCUCCAUCCCCAAGAUGCCCAGGAUGGGGUGAGAGGUAUGGGGUAACCAACAAGGAGCUGCCACUCACCCCAGGAGGCAGAUGGGGCAGACAGGACAGAUGUGGCAGGGGCCGGGAACUAGGCUCAGGGAGAAUUCAUCACUGAAAUGCAUCUCUAAGCACGCAGCAGCAACAGUAGCUCUGCCUGACAUCCCUCAUGCUGUCCUCAGGCUUCCUGGGGCCUCUUUAAUGGCCUUCCCACCUCCAGCUG